AUGAAGUCUAAAGACUACACCGCCUUCAAAAAAUGGUAUGAUGAGGAGGCACUGCAGCACAAUAAGAGUUGGAUAUUUGAAAAAGAAAUUAUAAGGUAUUGCGUCAACGAUUGCCGUAUUCUCCGGGAAGCCUGUCAGCGUUUCUGUACCAGCAUGGCCGCUCUAUCAGGCGGGUACAACCCGCUCGUCCAGUCUGUUUCCCUACCGAGUUUUGUCAAUACCGUGUAUCGAGCGCGUUUCAUGCCCGCUGACAGUAUUCAAUUUUUCACCUACCGCGACCUCCAUACUCAUCGAUCCUAUUCUUUUGAAAGCCUGGAAUGGUUGCAUUAUGUGGCAAAAUCAGAACAAAAGUCGAUACGACACGCCCGCAACCACCCAGAAGGGGAGAAGCAGAUUGGGCGCUUCUUUGUGGAUGGAUAUAAUGAAGAAAAUAAUGAAGUAUUUGAGUAUCACGGGUGCUAUUUUCAUGGUUGCCCAGCAUGCUACACUAAGGACGCCAAAACAUAUGGCGGGCAAUCAAUGGCGCAGCUGUUUCAUUCAACCAUGCACAAGCAAAAAUAUUUAGAGUCUCGUGGAUUUGUUUAUCGCUCCAUCUGGAGCUGUCAAUGGUACGAGCAUAAGCGACAGCAUCAGCGGGCGGUCCAGCAGGCGCUCGAGGAUUUUAGCCAUGUGCCACCGAUGAACAUCAGAGAUGCACUUUUCGGUGGGCGGACAGAAGCUUUUCAAUUGUUGGCUGUGCCUGACUCAUCGAUGGGUGAAUAUAUAUCCUACUUGGAUAAAAACUCCCUAUAUCCCGCUGUGUGCAAACAGAAGUGUUACCCGCUGGGUAUUCCUGAAAAGAUUCUUGGUCAUUUUAAGCCUAUAGAUGAAUAUUUUGGGAUCGCCCAUGUUCGCGUUCUACCACCCGUUAGUCUGCCUCUGCCCGUUUUGCCACAGCGGAUCAAUCAGAAAUGCGUGUUUACGCUUUGUUGGCGCUGCGCUGAGCAGAAUAAUCAGAAAUCAAUAUGCCGGCACACCGACGAACAGAGAUGCUUCAAUGGCGUGUAUACGACACCCGAGUUAGCUUUGGCGCUGUCAACGGGCUACACUCUGAUCAAAAUCCAUGAAGUAUGGCAUUAUCCCCGUCAGGGAGAUUUGUUCUCUCAUUACAUCAGCACAUUUAUGGCCGAAAAAGCGGCGGCCAGCGGGUAUCCUGCCGGCUGCGUCAGUGACGAAAACAAAAAAGCUUAUUUGCAACUGUUGUACGAUCGCGAUGGUGUUGUGGUUGAUCCGGCACGAGUUGAAAACAAUCCAACAAAGCGCUUGCUAUCUAAGCUGAUGCUUAACACACUCUGGGGAAGGCUGGCAAUUAAAGAAAACAAAUCGCGCUUUGAGUAUGUAAAAGAUACUAAGCGAUUCAAUGACCUUUUCUAUUCCGGCAAUUACAAUGUCUCCUAUGUGGAUGUUGUCAGUGACGACGUGCUGCAGGUGCAAAGCAGUUUCACUUGCGAUGUUGACGGAUCAGAUUUGCAUGCCAAUGUGGUCAUUGCCAGCUUUGUGACGAGUUACGCACGUCUGGAAUUAUAUGCAGGAAUGGCGUUUGUCGGAAUAGAAAGGCUCUUGUAUGUUGACACUGACUGCGUAAUUGCUAUCGAAGGAAAGAAUUUGCAAAGCCUACCUGUCGGUGAGUGUUUAGGGGAAUUUAAAUCGGAAAUAGGUGACGACCAAAUCAUUUUAUUUGUCUGCGGUGGACCUAAAAUGUACGCCUACCAAACGCGCAAAGGUUCGCAGAUUUUUAAAAUGAAAGGAAUCAGCAUUAAUCAGGGGAACCAAAGUUUGUUCACUACAAAAACGCUUGAGAGGAUGGUCCGAGAUCCGAAACUGGUCAGUCAUUCAGUGAAUCCAUACAAAAUUUUUCGAAUUAAGGGCAAAUGGCAGCUGAAAUCCAGUGAGCAGCGCAAGGUUAUUCGUUUUACGUUUGACAAGCGCAGAAUCGUGGAGAAUUUCCAUACAGUGCCCUUUGGCUAUCGGCCGGCCCCCUUAGCAGUAUAA